AGAAGAAGAAGAAGAAGAAGGAGGAUCUUUUUGGUUUAAGCUGCUAGUUUUUGGGUAAAAAAAAAAAAAAAAUUCAUCAUGUUUGGAAAUGUGAGAGAAAGGCUGAGCAUGGUGCAGCACGACUUCACCGCCGGCUUCAAGACUAUUGGAGACAAGACCAAAGACCCCAGAAUGAAGAGGCGACCUCAGGUUGAGGAAACUCUUCCUCAUUUCAGUGCUGGAUUAGAGAUCCUCAGCAGGUACGAGGACAGUUGGUUCCUGCUCCACAAAAGGACUAAAGACUGCGCUCAGGCUGCAGAGGCAGUGGAAGGAGACAUGGUGAUGCUGUCGGCGCACUGCGAGAAGAGAAGAGCUGCAGUGACACAACUUCAGGACUUACUGUACGGUUUACCAGCCUUCAUGACAGAACUGGACGCUGUGACGACUCUUAUCGCUCAUUUGGAAGGUGACUUUGAAGAGAUGGCGAGCAGACUUGAAUACUUGGAGACUCUGUGCUGCCACUGUGAACAACAGACACUCAAACAACAUCAUAACAACCAGCUACAGCUCUACAAGAACAAGAAGAGGAAGGAGAUAGAGGCGCUGCAAGUGGAGCUGGACUGUGAACAUGCUCAGAAGCAGGCUGAGCUGGAGCAGGCCAUGCAGCAGAAGCUGAAGGAACGACAGAAAAUCUAUGAAGAAGCUUUCCACCAGGAUAUGGAGCAGUACCGUUCCACCGGCCACGUGCAGCACAGAGAGGUAUCAGGAGCUGAUGUGUGCGUGUUGGAUCAGAUGACGUUGACUAACGUGUUGGACCAGGAGGCUCUGGAUGACUUCCUGAACUCCAGCAGUGAUGACGUCAGCACGGGAUCCUCUCUGACCUCAGGUCCAGACAUCGAUUCCUCGGAAUCACCAAGAAGUCCACUCAGCCAAGCCCCGCCCACAUGCAGCCAGGAAGCAGCUGUGGAGCAGGAGGGGGAGGAGGAGGAUGUGGUGAGCCUGGUGCAGGGGGAUGAAGAGGAUGUGGACCCGGACAUGCUGUUGGCUGUGCUGCAGGACGCUGGAGGUUCUGACACCAGCGAUGAAGAGUAGCCAAGCUAUGAUUGGUUCAUUAACGGCACAAUACACUAAAAAGAAGUGCAGAUAAAAGUGCAGCUGAGUUUGCCCGCUUUGUUUGUGACCGUGUCGUUGUAGCACUUCGUGACAUGUUGGAGUGCGUCUUUCUGACACCGAUCCAAACAGCUGUUUGAUUUUUCUUUGUACGGCUCUCAUCACAUCUGAUUCUGUUUUAAGGUUUUUGCUGUUACAUGUUUCCUUUUUGAAUUUUCUGACUGGAUUGAACAUUUCUGGAACAUCUGCUUUGACUGAAGUCGCUUAGCGUUCUUUGAUUUUGGCGCUUUAAGCUGUAUGUUACUAGAAAUGAGUAUGCAGAUGAUGUGAUUGUCUUUAGAAUCCUAACAGCAGUGCAGAGGCUUUGGAAACGUAAGCAACUGAUCGCACAAUGACGUGAUGUUCCACACAUCAUAAGCAGCAUCUCGGCUUUGGAAACUGAUCGCAGGACUGCAACGUGAUGUUUUUUGUUUUUUUUGUGUGGCUUUUUUUCUACCAAAGCUUAGGAUGAAUUUGUGCAUAACUGGUCUUGUUGAUAUAU